CUCGGUGUGGAAGCUUUUCUGUUUACGCGCAUAAUACUCUUGCCCUCACGAGUCCAUCACCGCAAUAGUAUGCAGCUCACACGUUGCCUAUCCACUUCAAAGCCUUGCGCUCGCAGCGUAAGCCGCAAACUCCUGAUUGUUCGGGCUCAGUUGGACAGUCCUGCUGUCGGCUCCAAGGUGGAGCGAUGGCUUAAGACUCCUUUCGACAUCCUCGCUUUUGGGCCGCGGGCCGGAGCUGGUGCUCUGUUGUCUGCUCCUGAGCGCCUUCAGACUUUGCAGUCGGAUUUCGAGAAGGCGCUUGAGCUUUUGCAGGAUCCUCGCCCUAUCGAGGAGAAACAAACUGUCCUGCUGAAGGAGGUGGAGGAGACCCUGGUGGGUUUCCUGGAGAAGGGCGCAACUGUCGAGUCAGACGUGCUGGCAAACGUGAAGACCCUGCUACCGCCUGAAGCUGCCAACCUGCUCAAUGAGUUUAUUCCGGAGCCCCCCAACAAGCAACCCGACGUGGUGCCAGUGGAAGCCGUGGAUGCUGCACCGCAGCCACCGGUGACGUACUAUCAGGCCGAUGUCAUGGCCAACCAAGUAGCCUCCGAGAUGACGGAAAUUAAGAAGGCUGUGUCCGGGCUGAAGACCGCGCUGGACGCGGUCCGCCAGAACACGGAAGUUGCCAACACCAACAUCCUGCGCUUGAACCUGCGCGAGGCGCGGGACCAGCUGGCGCGCCGCGUAGCAGAGGUGUCUGCGUCCACCGAGUCAGAUCCUUCCAUUGCCGCUGCUACCCGGGAGGCGAAGAUUCUUCUGGAGGAAGUCGACAGCUCCUUCUUCGCUUCUUGA